AUGGCCAGCCACAUAAGCAUCCUACCAACCGAGUUCCUCGACUCAUUAUCGGCGCAGCUAGACGGUGCGCAGAGCCACCAGUUUCUACGACUGCCGCAUCCACGGACAGGCAUACCGUCGUUGUUCCUGCCAUACCCGCAGCAUUCGGGAACUUCAAGCGCGAGGUGGAGUAUCCUCGAAGUACAAGCAGUGUCCCCUCCCAACGAGCGGUCGUGGUUUAUGGGGGAGGGGCAAUGGUCUGGGGCAGCAGAUGGAAGACUUCUGAUGAUGACUCCGAUUGACCCGUCAUUCCUCCUCAUACCACUCUUGCGAGCAGACGGCUUUGUGGGUACGUUUCGACCGUUGGAAGAUGUCUUCGAGGAAGCAUUGCCGAAGCUCGUGGAACAGUCGGAGAAGAACGCUUCGCCCAAGGAUCCCACAGCGUCUAUAUCGUUACGUGAUCUUGAAACCUUUGCAUCCUUGGAUUGUGCGAAGGCAGCGAUGAAGAACGCAUGCGAAGUGAAAGAGAUCACGCCGGAGAUAGUGGUGUAUAGAUAUUCACAGGCGCAUUUAGUCGAGUACCUGCGGAAGAAGGUUGCCAGACUGUCUCGACCUGAGGUGUUCGAGUCGUCACGGACGCUCAUCCGCGGAUUAGCCAAAGACGGCCUUAUGGACGAUGGCAAGGAGCAUCUUUUGCCCUCUGCACGUCAGCGAGCUGCCUGCGACAUACUAUCCCAGUAUCUUCCGCAGGAUGUGCAUGCGGCGCUCAUUGCCUCAUACGACUUCGCAGCCCUGGAUAGCCACCUGAAGGCGAUACAAGACGACAUCGCGGCGACGGCUGCAUCCGCGCUGGCGAAUUCCGCCAACGCCAAGUCUAGUGGGAAUGGGGAGGCAGGGGACAAGAAGCGUAAGAAUCAGAAAGGCUCGCAUGGGGUCGAGAAGCUUAAGAAAGCGAAUACCAAGGGGAUGGCCAAGAUAUCUUCAUUUUUCCAGAAACCUAAGGCAAAGUGA